AUGAGUGAUACUGAGAGCGAUAAUACCGCAGUAAGUGCCAAGAAAAAGACCCGGGAGCGACACAACUGUUGUGUUCCGCAGUGUUCGGAUGUAAAAACAGGAGAGAACCACCUCCACCAGGUCCCUAAAGAUUUAGCUUUAAGAAAGAAAUGGGCGAUUGCUAUUAAAACUGGUAAAGAUCUCUCGGAUAAGAUGGCUGUAUGUAGUAAACAUUUUACGAAGGAGGAUUACAAAAAGUCAAUGAAACAGGAUUGUAAGAAAUUUAGAUUGAAGCCAGAUGCUGUUCCUUCCCUCAACUUGCCCAAGAGGACAGCAGAUAGAAUAAUAAUAUCUCCUGUGAAGCGUAAGAUGGAGGCUAGAAAUGAACGGGCUAAGAAACGAGCCACGAAGUCUGUUGCAUCAACAUCGGGUAAUUUGGUAUCAGCAAGCAUGUGUGACAACGAAAGUAAUGCUGUGGUGGCGGAUGGUGUUGGUGAUGUGUCUACUGCUGGUGGUGAUGCUGAUUAUGAAGAUGUCCACAUAGUCCACACUGAUGACGAACGCAAGCUGAGAGAUAUUGGCAUCCAAGUUGACCUAAAUAAUUCUUCAGAUUCUUUGACUACUGCCUUUGACAAGCUGGCUCCUGCCAGUACAUAUGCAGCUUUCUUUGAUCUGACUAUUCAAACAUGCUGUAAUUACUUUUAUGAUUCUGUGAUAGUUCUAUCAAAAAUUUUGACUUGUAUGAUUGUGUGGCCUGACAAAGAGAAAAUUCUCAAAAAUAUGCCCAAGUGUUUUAGACACUAUAAGUCCACCAGAGCCAUUUUAGAUGCAUAUGAAAUUCCAGUUGAAAAGCCCAAGUGCAUUGCAUGCCGUAUUAGAUUGUAUUCUCACUACAAGAAAAAAUUUACGGCUAAAGUAAUGAUGAUCUGUACUCCUAGUGGUUUAGUGUCUCACUGUGGUAGUUCUUUUGGUGGUAGAGCAUCUGAUAAGGUGGUUACUCAGGCUACUGGAGUGUAUGGUAUGUGUGAUCCUGGUGAUGGGUUAAUGGUGGAUAAGGGAUUUGAUAUAGACAAGGAAUGCCAAGACUCCCUGCUUGCUUUGAUUCGACCACCCUUCAUGAGAUCCAAGACUAAAAAGUUUAGUAGGGCUGAGUCUGUCCAAUGUGCAAAAAUUGCUAGAGCCCGUGUGCAUGUAGAGAGAAUUAUUCAGAGAGUAAGGGAGUAUCACAUUCUGAAGUUUAAGGUUCCCUGGAACAUUGUUCCCUACUUAGUCAAUAUUGUUGUAAUUGUGUGUGGUCGUGUGGUCUAG